AUUUUUCUCAGUUCAAGUUCUUCUCUCCAGCGAGCAAUACGACACAGAUAUGGAUUUCUACUAUACGCCACUGGGCAGUGGAUGUCGCAUUGUUGUUAUGGUGGCAAAGGCCGUCGGAGUUGAUCUGGCUAAGAAGCAUUUGGAUACCUCGAAGAUGGAGCACCUGAAACCUGAGUUUCUGAAACUAAACCCCCAACACACCAUUCCCACCCUGGUCGAUCAUGGAUUCCCUUUUUGGGAGUCUCGUGCCAUUGCAGUCUAUUUGGUGGAGAAAUAUGGAAAGGAUGACUCCCUUUUCCCAAAGGAUCCCAAGAUCCGUGCUGUAAUUAAUCAACGCCUUUACUUUGACAUGGGCAUCUUGUACGUGGCUUUGGCCAAUUACUACUACAAAGCUUUUGCCACUGGCCAUUUCGGCACUGCAGAGGAAUUCAAAAAAGUGGAAGACAGUUUCGAAUUGUUAAAUACCUUUUUAGAGGGUCAGGACUACUUGGCCGGUGAUCACCUCACUGUGGCCGACAUUGCCAUUCUCGGAAGUGUUUCUACUUUUGAUGCUCUUGAGUUCGACUUAAGUAAAUAUUCCAAUGUGGCCAAGUGGUAUUCGAAUGCAAAGAAAGUUACUCCCGGCUGGGAAGAAAACUGGGAAGGUGCCUUGGAACUAAAAAAGGUAAUUGAUGCGAAAAAGAAUGCAACAGCAAAUUAAAUUUACUUAAAAGAUGUAGUUCUCCAAAUAAAAAUAAAUCAAGACCUGUGAACCCUACAAAAUUUGCAUAAUUUAAGAGAAGGGCAAAUUCAAAAUCUAUCUUCAAAUUCUAUGAACUUCUAUGAACCGCAAACUUAUAUCAACCAGGGUCAGCAUAGUACUUGAAGUUCUGUAUUAAGCAGUUUAAUCGGAACAUGUUGUCUGUUUCUGCGAAUACGGAUGUUUCCAGAAUUAAAUGGGCAGUUUGAGUAGGGCAUUCGUUCCUCGUAAUCAUAAAAGUUUAUUUUUGAUAGUAUAUGAUCAGGCAUAAAUGUUUGGUAAAAAAUAAUGACGGUGACUUACCGGCUGCCGUUAAGGAAAUGUUUACUUUAUUUGUUGCCAUGACAGAUAAUGGUUCAAAUUUAAUUAAGGCGCUUAGAAUUAUUCAAGUAAAAAAUUUUCAUUUUUGGAAUUAUUAACCGA